CGGAACGUUCUAUAACACUGUUUAACAUAAAGGCAAAAUAAUAAUGUUGUUAUCGACCGCGCAGAUUGAUGGACGACAGUUUCUGACAGAAGACAUUGCAGAUGGCACUACCCACAUCAGUUCUGACAGUUAUGAGGUUUUUGUUCAUGGUUUUCCUUAUAAUAUUUCAACUUUGUUGAAAUGAAAUUCUAUAUGAAAAUUCAAAAAUCAUUAAAUAAAGAAAAUGUGAAAGUGUAGGAAGGUGCAUAUGUUAUUUAGUGCAGGGUGUUUUUAAAUAUGACAUCAACAUCAACACCAAAAUCUAUUAAACAUGUAUCAGAAAACGAUAGUCCCAUUGCUUCACCUUUGGCUGGCUCAGGUCCAGGUGGUCACAAACCAUCUUUUAAAAGCACUAAACUUGCCAGACGUGCUCGUUCAUUUAAGGACGAUUUUUUGGGUAAAAUAUCUCAAAUGCGCAGCCCUACAGGUCCGGGCUUACGAUCCCAUAGUCCUAAAGACCGACCGUCCAAAUCUGAUAUAAUCGGUCAUGGAUAUCCAACGACAAAAGGGCCUAUACAGGAAUUGGAUAAUUUGUGGAAACAAACCCAAGCAACCUUGAAGCAUUUUAAAGAUGUUGUCUCUAAACAAAAAUUAGAGAUGUUACCGGGAAAUGGCACUAUAGUGCUUGAUACCGUUUGGCAAAUCAAUUUGGCUGUUAAAUCUUCAGUGUCAUCGGAUUACAGUAGUGCAAUUUUUUCAGCUACAAAUCACAUGUAUCAAAGUGUAGCUAGGUUAAUCAAACUGUGUGAUGAUGCUUUAAUAGAUGACAAAAGCAGCGAAUUGACGAAGGAAAAUGUUAACGAAAUUGUGGCACAAGUGGAGAUUGCGGUACAAGAUCUUAUCAGAUUAGCUCAAGAAAAGAUAUCUCAUCAACAAAUUAUGUACAAAACAACACCAAGAUCAUCAUGUGUGAACACCAGCUUAGAAAUGCCAGCACAACGAAAUUCUUUACCCGACAUCCCAUUGACACCGAGAGAACGAGAACUUUUAGAACAGAACUCCCAUGGUCCACCUUUGGUAAGGAGUAGUCACAGUUCGGAAUCAAUAUUGAGAGAUUCAAGUCCCCCGCCUAAACCACCACUACCAGACGGCGUGCUGUUUAAUAUAAGUCAUUCAGAGCCGAGCAGCUGUAUAACGCCACCUCCUUUACCCCCUAAAAAGAAAAAUUAUAAGUUGCAUCGACCUUCCAAAGAAUGUUGUAGUAUCGACAACUCGCCAGUAACUUCUAGUCUUGAAAGGGUUUCAGUGCGAUCAAAAUCACCUGAGGACUCCAUUUCACUUUUAUCUGCGAGUGCAGGUAGUUUAGAUUCGAUGUUGAAUCAUUCAAGAGGAGAAGAAGAUGAAGAAAUAAAAGUGAUAAUGGACACAACAUACGAUGGUGAAGGGGCUUUAGAAAAUCAUACGUCAGAUAUAUUCGGGCAUAACGGAUCACACAGUUCUUGGGAAGAAUCAUCGUUGAGCUCCAACAUAUCAAGUCAAAUCCCUGACCAGCAAUACGACUACAACAGAUUAUCUAAUACAGACUCAGGAUUUAUGUCUUCGCAGUCAUACAGAUCCUCUAGUUACUCAAAAAGGAGUUCGCAACAAAGUUCUGUUAGUUCUCAAUGGGUUACACAUCAACAUAUGGUAAAACAGGUAUCAGCUGAAGUUAAAGCUGAAAAUGUUGUACAGAAUUUCGGGAAAGACAACGAAGGUUACUUGACCAUAAGGAAUUUUAAUCAAAAAACAAGUAGUAGUAGCAGUAGUAGUUCUUUGGUGUCCACUGUAAUGAAUCUGGGGCACCAAAUUACCACAAAUGAACCUGAUACGAUUUUUGACGAUUCGCUGCCACCAGCGAUUCCACAGAAGACAAGAAGAAAACAGGAAAGACAACCUUCACCUUAUGAUAAUGUACCUGAUAGCAGUUUAGGAGGAGAGCUUUUGGUCACUUGUGCGGAGCACCAGUCUCAUCAAAGUCUUUCCAGCAGUACGAGUGUGUCGAGUACAACCGCCUUGGACAGCAAUAAACCUCCACCUCUCCCACCCAAAAAAAAGCAUAUGUUCCAGUCUGUGGCUUACUCUGUAAUGGCUUACAUGGAGAUGUUUGGCAACUGCUCUCAUGCUAACGAACAGGAAUUUAUGAGACACUCAGUACACAUGGUUCAAACGCAUUGGGGUCAAUCAUCCACCUCUGGGUUACCAACAACGCAGUCCUGUUCAUUUAAUCAUACUUCUCACAGUUCUAGUCGAUCAUCACAUUCUCAAAUUCAGAUUUUAAACGUACCACAUUCCACGAUGGACCAAAGAUUAUCAUCACCAAUGCAUUCUCCAAAUACCGACAUAAUGGAAUCAAAUUCUCCUCCUCCAGCCUUGCCACCAAAACAAAGAUCAAGGAUCAGCUCAGUUAAAACAUCUCCACCUGUCACACCAACAGCAGGAGAAAUUAAAUCACAGUCUUCUGUUUCUGCAUUGCCAGAUCUUCUAGAACAUACUACAAAUUCCAAAUCUAAUGAUGACAAAAACGAAGUUAAUGAAGUUAGUGUCUGUGAUAUAGAUUUAAUGGAAGAGCCCAAUGUUGAAAAGUGGUUGGUCAUGAAAAAGCCAGAUGAGGAAGGACCAGAUAUCAGAGGGGGUCCAAUAGACGCUUUGAUUAUCCAAGCUACGAAAGCUACCAAAAAUGGUGUUUUCAUGUACCAAGAAGCAUUUCUGACAACUUAUCGCACGUUUAUCACUCCUUUGGAUCUGAUCACCAAACUUAUAAGAAGAUACGAACACUUUUCAUAUCAACCUAACAAAAAAUUACGAUCGGAAGCUUUUGCACUGAUUGUUCGAGUCGUCAAUGAUCUAACUGUUUCAGAUCUAGACGACGAGUUGCAAUGUAAACUGAUGAAUUUUGUGCAACAAUUGAUUUCUUCUGGUGAAAUAACUUUGGCAAAAGCGCUUCGAGUUAAACACUUAGAACGAUAUGAAGCAAAACAGCUCAGUUUAAAAUAUACUAGUGUUGUAACUAGUUUGUCCCUUAGUGCUAGAUCAUCAACUCUAUUAGAUUUUAAGUCGGAACAAAUUGCUGAACAAAUGACUUUGCUUGAUGCAGAAUUAUUUAUGAAAAUUGAAAUUCCAGAAGUUUUAAUAUGGGCACAAGAGCAAAACGAAGAAAGAAGUCCCAACUUGACAAGGUUUACUGAACAUUUCAAUAAAAUGUCUUAUUGGGCGCGGACUAGAAUUUUAACAGUUGAUGGAAAAGAUGUCCGAGAGAGAUACUUUCUUAAAUUCAUAAAAAUCAUGAAACAUCUAAGAAAAAUUAAUAAUUUCAAUUCAUAUUUGGCGUUAUUAUCGGCGUUAGAUUCUGCACCCAUUAGGAGAUUGGAAUGGCAAAAACAUGUACAAGAGGGCCUAAAAGAAUAUUGUGCGCUGAUUGAUAGUUCAUCGAGUUUUAGAGCGUAUAGGCAAGCGUUGGCAGAAACACAACCUCCUUGUAUCCCGUACAUUGGGUUGGUUUUGCAAGAUUUGACAUUCGUUCAUAUCGGAAACAGUAAUCUUCUAAGUGAUGGUACAAUAAAUUUUUCCAAAAGAUGGCAACAAUUUAAUAUCGUUGAAAAUAUGAAAAAAUUCAAAAAGGGCACUCAUUCGUUCAAGAGACAUGAGCGCAUAAUUCAAUUUUUUCAAAACUUUGAUGAUUUCAUUGGAGAAGAUGCAAUGUGGCAACUAUCUGAGACUAUAAAACCCCGUGGAGGCAAGAAACCUACUUAGUAAGUAAGAUGCUAUGAUGGGAUAAUAGCAAUACUUCACAGCUAUAUCGCAAUUUGAAAAUCUACAUAUGUAUAUAUAUACCGGCUGUCCCAGUUUUUUUUUGUGGUAAUUUCAUCAUUCAUACAUGAUAGAGUAAAUAAAUGAUUUUUUUUUUUUUGGUGCAACAUUGCCUGUUUUUUUACAUAUUUUGAAAUUCAACAAUACAUAUAUAAAAAUAAAAAUCAUUAUAUGCUGCAAUAAGUAAAAUCAUCUAACUUAAGGAGAGUAUUUAAUGCACCAAAAAUACAAGAAAUAUCACCGCUAAAUUAAAUAUUUAAUGAGGUUCACAUAACGAAUAUAUACAACAAUCAAACUGGGACAGCAGAGCGUGUAUUUUAAAUAAUACAUUUAUUUUAUACAUUGUGUGUACAUCUAAAAUAUCAGUAUUUUACGAAAUACUAUUUUUGCGGAAAUUUUUUGUCCUUUCUUGGAGAUUGAACCGUUGUGUGACUGCCACUGUCAUACGAUGUUAACAUCUCAAAAACAGUAGGAUUUAAACAUUUCUCAUUUGAGAUUUCAUUCAAACAAGGAAUAUUUAUGCAACGAAUUUUCUUUAAUCUUUCUAUUUUUAUUUUUUCUAUACAUUAACGGUAAACUAUUUUGUAAACAUCAAUGUGCCACAAUUUUUGUUUGUGUCACAUGAUCUGAAAACUCCAUAAAUAAUUUUUUAAAAUACGUUUAUCAUUUCAAAUCAAGGACGUUGUACGUCAUUGUUUCAAAUCCAUUCCUUGUAUUUUCAGUAUUUUAAAUUUACAUUAAAUUGGAUUGUAAAUAAUAAAAUUUAGAUUUUAAUGCAAAAGGUCCUUGUUUUUUAUUUGUGACUUUUAUACACCUACGAAUGUUGCUGCAAAUGUUACAUCGGUUACUUAAUUGAAUGACAUUAAUAAUUAAUUGAGUGAUCUAAUUUUGUCUUCUUCUUCACAUACUGACAGUACUGAUAAAAUUUAGAAAACUCCUAUAAUGCAAACCAUAUGAGUUUAAUACAAGAACGUUGUAUUAAGAGGACGGACGAUGCCCUACCGUUCAAGUGUUGAGAAAGUGACUAACAAUUCUUUCAGUCCACAAUUACCGUUAACAAUCUAUUUUUAAACAGCCCGCCCACUAAAACUAAAAGUUGAUACAGUGCGCGGUGUAAAAGCAGUGAAGUCGCACAGGUUUCCAUCUUUCGAAGUAGCACAGGGAUGUGAUAAUUCAUUUUUCUCCAGUAAGGUAUCACAGCAAGUGCCAAGUCAUUUUCUUUUAUUUCGCUUUAAUGGCUUGUAUAACUCAUGUUUUACGUUACUACAGACUGUAUUAUAACUUCAUAAAAAAUUAAUACGCAUUAAAACAUUGAUUUGUUAAAAUAUAAAUGAAAACAUACUAGAUUUGGUAUAAAAUUAUAAUGGUUACUAGACUAGGGGAUUCAGUUGGUUUUGUCGGGUGCAAGCUUAUUCUUGCAAAAAAUUCAAUAUAUCGUUUAUUCGUUGAACUAUUCAAAAACUUAAAUUAUGUAUAUGUCUGUUUUGCAACAUGUCUUGCCUAUUUUUAGAAGGUGUUAUUUUAUAUAUUAAACAAUGAUAUGACGUUACUUUUGCAAAACUACAAAGAAAAAAUUAAGCUCUUAUUUUGUGGUAUAGGGGUGUUUUCAUUUUUGUCAUUACUUCACACAGAUUUUAUGAAUUUUAUUCAUCUGUGUCACUGUGUAGGUAUAAUGAAUAGACAGCGGAUUUCUGUCGGGUUACGUCACGAUAAUAGGUGGGGACGCGCUGGAUCGCCAGGACUCAGUAGCGGGUGAUAGAUAAUAAUCACUGAAUUUAAUUAUCACUUAUUCCAUAAAUUCAAUUAACGAUUUAUUAAUCAAACGGCUAAGUGAAUGAGAACUGGAAUUAACAGCAGAGUGCAACGAAGCAGCGUUAUUCUAAUCUCAAAUAAACGAAGUGCAGCCCGUGACUGCAAUGAAUUCCCAUCCCGUACGAGCCGUACCGAGUUUGGCUUUGCCUAGCCCGACAGAAAUCCGCUCUCUAAUAAUGAAUCACAUGAAAUGAUUUGUAAAUUUUUUAAAUGUGAUUUGUAAUUAAAAAUAUAGUAUUAAUUGAAAAAAAUUACACUGAUUUAAGCGAUCGUACUCUUUUCUUUAGUCUCAAUUUAUUGUAGAGUCGUUCAAAAAGUAACGGGUGUGACUUCAUCUGUUACAAACCAGUUGUAGUAUUUAUGGAGAGUUCAUAAAUUAACUACUAGUAUUUUUCAAUGUAAGACUGAAUUUUUGUAUUAUAUACUUAUUUCCUAAAAAAAUAAUAAGAUUACGAGGUUAUACUUUCUGUUCUUACAAUACUUACUUAUUACGAUCAACUUUACUGACGUACUAACAAUUUCGUUUAUAUUCAACGACGUUAAGACACUGUUGUAGCACUUCAAGCUGUAUGUUAGAUAAAUUUACAUAAUAUAAUAGUUAUAUGUGUAAUACGAGCAUAAUUGUUAGAAAAAAAGUUAACUAUUAGAAGGCCUAACUAAAUUUAAGCAAAUACAUUAUGAACGGCUGAGUAGACUGCUCUACAAAACCCAAGUAAAUCACCCUAAAAGGAUUAAUCAGUAUAAUAAAAAGGAAUUUUAGUUGCAGUAUUUUUUAAAUCUAUAUUAUACAGAUGUGUUUUAAAUUUGCGAAAGUGUCGAAGGGUAUUUUUCGAAGUAAUAGCUCCUAUUAGCUCAAUUAUAUAAGAGAAAAAUUCAUUCUGAUGUUUUUCAAAUUAUUUCUACAGAAAUGUGCUUUUAUAACUUAGAUCAUAGAAUAGAAAAUGUUGGUACAUAUCAUCGUUAUUAAAGUCUAAUGAUGGGCUGCUUCACUUGUACAGAUAACUGAGUUAGUUACAAACAAUAAACGUGCAUUGCGACAUUUUAAA